UUUUUCCCUCUUGGAAUAACCCGGCGCUUUUGGAGGCUUUUUUUGGUUUUUAUCUCGUCUGCUUCGUUCGAGAGCCAUCGGAGAAGAGGAUCGUAACCCUAACCCAUGAAAAGAGAAGAUAAUCGAAGCCGCAGAGCAAUGGUGGGAUCCUUUGUAGAAUAGGGAUCCGCUUUUGAGCUUAAGUUUCCGGCUGAAGCUGUGGAGCCCAAAACCUGAUAAGCUUUGAGGUUGACGUUGAUUAGGAAAAGGCUCUGUUAGAUCUCAUCAUGGUUUCCUCUAUGGCAGCAUCAACGUUCUUCCCUGCUUCCUCUUCCUCUCUAGGACAACCAGUAAAGUCCUCCAAGCCAUUUAGUGGAGGGCCUGAUAGUGUGGAUGUCCGUGGCAUUGUAGCUAAACCGGCUUCAUCCUCUGGUGGUUUGAAGGUCAAGACCAAUGCCCAAUCUUCCCCAAAGAUCAAUGGGACUAAAGUCAGCUUGAGAAAAGAUGGCCAGAUGGCUGAGGAUGACACCCUUUCUUCGGCUCCGAGAACAUUCUAUAACCAGCUGCCUGACUGGAGCAUGCUCCUUGCUGCCAUUAUUACUAUCUUCUUGGCAGCUGAGAAGCAGUUGACUCUUCUUGACUGGAAACCAAAGAGGCCUGACAUGCUUUCUGAUGCCUUCGGCUUUGGAAUGACUGUUCAUAAUGGUCUUGUUUUCAGGCAAAACUUUUCUAUUCGGUCGUAUGAGAUCGGGGCUGAUCGGACGGCAUCUAUAGAAACAUUAAUGAAUCAUCUACAGGAAACAGCACUUAAUCAUGUAAAGAGUGCUGGGCUCCUUGGAGAUGGUUUCGGGGCAACACCAGAGAUGAGUAGAAGAAAUUUGAUAUGGGUUGUGACUAAAAUGCAGGUUCUGGUUGAACGCUACCCCAUAUGGGGUGAUGUUGUUGAAGUUGAUACAUGGGUAGGUGCAUCCGGAAAAAAUGGAAUGCGCAAGGAUUGGCAUGUUCGUGAUCCCCUAACAGGCGAAACUAUCAUGGAAGCUACCAGUGUUUGGGUGAUGAUGAACAAGCUCACUAGGAGACUGACUAAGAUACCAGAGGAAGUUAGGGGAGAAAUAGAACCCUAUUUUGUGGAACGAACUAUCAUUGUGGAUGAAGAUGGCAGGAAGCUUCCUAAGCUUGAUAAUGACACUGCUGAUUAUGUUCGAAAAGGUUUGACGCCUCAUUGGUGUGAUUUGGAUGUCAAUCAACAUGUUAACAAUGUUAAAUAUAUCGGCUGGAUGCUUGAGAGUGCUCCAAUAUCCAUCUUGGAAAAUUAUGAACUCUCUAGCAUGACACUGGAGUACAGAAGGGAGUGUGGGAGGGACAGCGUGGUGCAGUCUCUUACAGCGGUCUCAACCAACUACAGCGACAACCCACAUGACGCUGCGGUUGAGUGCAAGCAUCUACUGAGGCUCGAAUGCGGGGCUGAGAUUGUGAGGGGCCGGACACAGUGGAGGCCAAAGCAAGCCCACCAGCUCAGAGAAGCAGGGUUUAUGCCAAUCAGGAGCUCAUAAACAAUCUGACUAAUUAUAGUUCAAGUGUGUUUGUUGCUGUAUAUAGUACUUUUCACUACUGUAUUAUAUAUAAGUUGUGCUUUGUAGAGUGGGGGAGUGUGUGUGUGAGAGAUAAAGCUUUCCUAUUAUUUAUUUAUUUAUUUUAUGAGGUGUUGAUAGUUUCCACAUGAAGUGUUAUUCCGUAGUUCGCACAAGAACUUAAUGUGCUCUGUAAAUAACCACUGUAAGGACCCUUGUGAAUAGAAAUGAAACAUCUACCUUCUAAGAUGUCCUUCGGUA